UGAUAAACCCCAAUUAGAUGCCCUUUUGCAGUGAGAAUACCAUUUUAAUCACACGCACAAACUCCAGACCUCGGCUCCUCUUAUUAGGGUUUAGGUUUUCAAAAUUACUAAAUCGAUCAAUCAAUAAAUCAUCAGCAGUAGAGAUGGCGAUGAUGAUUCAGUGGUGCAACUCGGCGGCGCGAAGGAUGGCGUCGACCGUCGUCGAUCAGCGGAUGGCAUUCUCCUCUCUCGCGUCGUCGGUGGCCUCAUCGCCGCCGCCGAUCCUGUGCGGGCGAGGAGAUAAGAAGAGUAAGAAAGGGAAGAGAUUCAAAGGAUCUUUCGGAAAUUCAAGGCCCAAAAGAGAGAAGCAAAUCGAAAGGAUUAAGGAUAAGAUCGAGGUCCCCAGGUCUACUCCUUGGCCUCUUCCUUUCAAACUCAUCUAAACUUUCAUCAAUUCUUCAAACAUUUUGUUAUUAUUUGGAUUCCGAAUUUUCCAUGGUUUUUUUUUUUUUUUGUUCUUGCACUAAGCUUAGUGUAGUGUUUAAAUGAAUUGGCUGCAUAAAACUGCUCAUGGUUGCUUGGUUAUUUUUCUAGUUUGGUUUCUUAAUUUGAUGAAGCAUAUGAACCUAGUCGCCUUGCGUAGUUCUAUCUUUUAUCAUUUUGUAGUAUGUUGUGCUGAGCUCCACCUAAAUUUUAAGAAUUAAAUAAAGUGGAGAAAUAGUUC